AUGGGAAACAAUGUUGCGGCCAAACUUCGGUCGAUCUUCUUAAGCGAUUACGUAAUCAUCGUGAAAACGGGAGACGUUAAAGGAGCUGGCACGAAUGCAAAUGUCUUCAUCGCCUUGUACAAUGACGUCGGGGUCAUGUCACGGUCUAUUCCAUUAGAUUGCAGGUGGAAAGAUGACCUGGAGAGUGGUCGCGUUGACGAGUUCCCGGUGUCUAACCUGGCGGAUUUCGGAAGGGUGGAAAAAAUUGAGCUGUGGAGAGAUUCGUCCGGGUUGAAGGAUGAUUGGUUCGUGGAGAGCCUUGCAGUUGAUGAUGAAAUGCUGAAGCCUGUAAUGGAAGAUAUCAGCAUUCAAGACGCGAUGGACUCAAAGAAGCUUUUUAUCGUGAACUACAAGAUACUAAAAGAUCUUCCCACCAGCUCUGGACGAAAGAUCUGCGCUCCGAUAGCCUUGUUCUUCGUCAACCAUAAUAAAGACUUGAUGCCCGUAGCAAUCCAGUUGCACCAGGACCCUUCCGCCGAUAACCCGGUGUUCCUUCCGACUGAUCCAGAGUAUACUUGGCUCCUUGCCAAGAUGUGGUUCAACAACGCCGAUGCAUGUUAUCACCAAUCAGCGACUCAUCUUGGAUUUACCCAUCUCAUCAUGGAGUCCGUUGCCGUGGCAACGCAUCAAUCACUAUCGCCCUCUCAUCCCAUCUUCCGAUUGCUGGCUCCUCACUUCCUUUAUGUGAUCGCCAUCAAUAGCCUUGCUCUCAUGCAGCUAGUAUCCAAAGGCGGUUGGGUAGACCAGUCACUCACGGUGGGCCGCAUUGGUAUGUUCGCUAUUAUUGCCCGUGCUGCACCAAAAUGGCGUCUGGAUGUCGACGGCACUCUGCCUGCUGACCUCAGGAGUCGAGGAGUGGAUGACCCGGAAGUGCUUCCAAAAUACUACUUCAGGGACGACGCCAUUUUGCUAUAUGAGGCAAUACGCAAAUAUGUUACAGAGGUUGUGGAUGGCCACUAUGACACCCUUGAAAAGCUCCUUGUGGAUGAUGAGAUUCAAGACUUUGCGGAAAUCCUCAGCAGGAGUCAAGGGGAAGGAGAUUGUGGAAUCAAGGGAGUUCAUGGCAAUGGCAAGUUCGCAACUAAUGCUGAGUUAAUAGGAGCUUUGACUGCCAUCAUCUACACGAGCAGUGUGGCUCACGCAGCAGCCAAUUUCUCACAGUAUGACGAAUACGCUUUCCCGCCAAAUUAUCCUUCACAAAUGAGGGAUUGCGAACCACCAAAAGAUAAGGUGUAG